CCAUGCACAAAGUCACACAGUGCCAAUAGCGGGGUUUAAACCCACACCGUUUAAAGUCCAAAUCAUUAACCACUACGCCACCCUGCCUGCCCUUUGGUGUUCUGGGUGGCGUGUCUCCCAUGUGGAAUCUACUAAUCCUGGCCCUGUGCGUGUGGGUUUACUCCUCCUGCAAACCAGAAGUUGUUAAUUGCAAACUGACAUCUGUAAAAGCGUGUGCCAUCAGAAACUCUGGGGGCGUCCCGUCUAAGGAUGGUCCUGGUUGACCGCUAUUUUCGGUGUAAAUCGGGUUUUAAAAAGUUGACGGAUGGAUGCCUGGGGUAUUAAGGCAUUACUGUAGCAGUUCCGUUUUACUACACCUUAUUAAUUGGCUCACGUGUAUAACGCAGCGUCUUAGUCUAACCUCCUUGGUCUUUUUUAUUUGCUUUAACAGUAAAAAGGGGGUUCAGUUAGUCUAGUGCAGCCCCCAUUCCUAACCAGUGAAGAUCGGGGCAGGAUUAAAUACUAACCUUCUUCCCCAACGCAGUUUCUCCAGUGAAAACAUAACUUCCUUCAAGGUCUUUCUUCUCACUGCGCCUUGAGUUAGAUUAGUCAAAAGGAAGUGACUCAUUUCUCCUAAAACUGCCAGUUUGCGCGUUCUGUGCUUCUCGUAGUGCUAAUAGAGGAAGACAUUUUGCACCCGGACGUGUUGGGGACCGUAAAAGCUUGUUCUUUGUUGUUUUUUGUUUGCUUUGUUGUUACAGCAUCCAUUCGCAUUACGUUGCCUUUUUUUCUCGUUCUCUUCGGUGUUUUCUCCUUAACCGGUACUGUUAUGAAUAGGAAGUGCCGCCUGAGGCUGACAGUGCAUUGCAGAUGACCGGCUUUCGCCUCAUGUCUGUAUCCCAGAUUGCAAACCGGGGCCCAGAUCGAUGCCGGAUCGCCAGGAAAAGUGUAAAAUAUAAGAUCUCAAAUGAAGAUUCCGAAUCGAGCACGGAUCCGACCACCAGCCGGAGGUUCAGCCCCCCGUCCAGUAGCUUACAGCCUGUCCCGGGAAAGAUGAGCGAGGUGAGCCCGGCGGCAGCGGUGCAACAGGAUGCGACAGCUCCUCGGCUGCGACCGCACGACAACCGCACCAUGGUGGAGAUCAUCGCCGACCACCCGGCCGAGCUGGUCCGCACCGACAGCCCCAACUUCCUGUGCUCAGUGCUCCCGUCUCAUUGGAGAUGUAACAAGACUCUGCCUGUCGCAUUCAAGGUGGUGGCUCUUGGAGAAGUCCCAGAUGGCACAGUAGUGACUGUGAUGGCUGGCAAUGAUGAGAAUUAUUCUGCUGAGCUGCGGAAUGCUUCUGCUGUUAUGAAGAACCAGGUCGCCAGAUUUAACGACUUACGAUUUGUGGGCAGGAGUGGACGAGGGAAGAGCUUCACUCUGACAAUCACAGUCUUCACAAACCCUCCGCAAGUGGCAACUUACCACCGAGCCAUUAAGGUUACAGUGGAUGGACCUCGAGAGCCCAGACGGCACAGACAGAAGCUCGACGACCAGCCGAAGCCUGGUUUGUUUUCCGAGCGCUUGAGCGAGCUGGAGCGUCUUCGACAGUCCACAAUGAGAGUCAGUGUUCAGACACAAAGCCCCCGCCCCUCCCCUAACUCAGCGCCGGCCCCCUUUAACCCACAGGGCCAAACCCAGAUAUCAGACCCCAGGCAGGCCCCGUCAUCACCUACCUGGUCAUAUGACCAAACAUAUAGCCCCUAUCUGAGCCAGAUGACGUCUCCAUCCAUACAUUCCACUGCCCCUCUCUCCUCCACCCGCGCCACGGGGCUUCCUGCCAUCAGUGACGUGUCAAGACGCCUGCCAGGAGCAUCAGAGUUGAGCCCUUUCUCGGACCCCAGGCAGUUUGAGCGGCAGUUCCCUGGUCUGUCCUCUCUUACUGAGAGCCGAUUUUCCAGCCCCAGGAUGCACUACCCACCGGCCUUCACUUAUACACCUACCCCGGUGACAUCGGGGAUGUCACUUGGCAUGUCAACCACCACUCAUUACCACACCUAUCUGCCGCCUCCUUACCCUGGCUCUACCCAGAACCAAAGUGGACCCUUCCAGACCAGUAGCACCCCCUAUCUCUACUACGGUACAUCCUCUGGAUCCUACCAGUUCUCCAUGGUCCCGGGCGGCGACCGCUCCCCUUCCAGGAUGCUCCCGCCUUGCACUAGCGCUUCGACUGGCAGCUCCCUCAUCAACCCCAAUCUCCCGAAUCAGAACGACGGGGUGGACGCCGAUGGAAGUCACAGCAGCUCGCCGACCGUCCUGAACUCCAGUGGGAGGAUAGAUGAAUCCGUCUGGAGGCCGUACUGAAAAAAGAAAAAAGAGGGUCAACUCUUGGAGUCGACCACAUGACAGACAGUCAGAAGGAGCAAUGAAGAGCAGCAACAUAUCAUUGAGAUUAUAGAGGAAUGGUUCGAAAAGCACAAAAAUUUCACGAAAAAUUCCUAAUGUUGCCAAAAGUGAACUACCGCCUUAAUACGAUGCAAAAAAAGCCAAAGUGAGAAAUGGAAGUUGAUUUUGUAUUUAUCAGCAAUAAUUCCUAGUUUGGAAAAUACUUGUUUUUUUGUUUUUAUUUUUUCCGCCAGAACAAAUGCCGGAAAUGUUUCAAAACUUUUGUCGGAAAUUCCCAGCAAUCCUCGUCGAGAUUAGGAUACGAGGAACGGGGCUGUGGGCUCACUUUGUGAGAGCAGAACCCAAAAGUUUCUGGACGAGAACGGAUUUCUGCUUCUUUAAUGCAGUUUGGUGGAGCACUUUUUUUUUAUAUAUAUAUUUUGUAUCUAAAUUUUAUGCUGCAAAUUUAGCACUGAUUGCCAGUCUUUUUGCUUGUUUUUAUAUGUAAUGGCAUUUUUUUAAGGUACUAGUCGCACGUUUUUUUGUUUUUUUUUUGUCCUUAUUUUCUUAUUUGUGUGUAAGUUUUUUGUUCAAUUGAUAUUAUUUUGUUAUUUAAGUUGAAAUUUGGUACUUUAAGAAGGGUGAAGCCCCUUUCAAAGCCAUACGUAAUAUAAUGUAUUUGAUAAUGAGACUUGGAAUAUUUUGAAGCAUCUUCUUUAAAUGAAUAGCUUAUUUUCUUAUGUAAUUUAAAAUCUAUUUUUAUUGUUUGAAGACCCAAAGAAACUAUGAGUAGCACACCAGCGAUGCCUUAAGUUUCAACGAAUUUUUAUUCUUUUUAAGCAGGGAAGCAUUUGUCAAGGAGGAAGCCGGUCCUCUGUUCGCCCACUCGCUGUUUUAGACGCUUUGAUUCUCCCUUUUCCGAUCUCCAUGACCCACCGUUUUAUUCGAUGAGCGCCUCUUUUAUGGCGAACACCAUCCCACGGCACUUUACAAGCACAUAUCUACCAUCGGUUAGCCACUGUGGAGAUCUGCUGCCCAGGGCCGGACGUUCACCUACACGGCCACACUUCCUGAACUUUCACAAUGGUGCCUAUGUUACAACACAAUAUUGAUCAAUGUAAUUAAUAACCAUGUCUGAAAUGACCGACAGUAUAUUUACGGUACAACUCUUUCUGUAUUUCUAUGUUUGGAGCGCUGCCAGGCAACGCAACUCCCUCAGGGUCGCACAAGAGUCAAUGACGGGGACCGAAGCAAUAAUAAAGUAGUUAGAGUUUGAUGCCUUAGCCACUAGUGGGCCGCAUUGCCUCCUUCUGUAAUGAAGACAAAAUAGACACAUUCCGAGAAUUUAUUUAGUGGCAAACUUCUCAGAUAUAUUUGUCAAUGUACCGACAUUUGGAUCUUAGCAAUUGAUGCGAUUCUCCUAGGUUCACAUAGGCAGUCAGUGAUGAGGAUUAGACCAGUAAACUUCACAAUUCACCCCUUUAUCUACUGGGUGGCCACACUAGCCAGGACCUUUACAUGGCAAAGAAUGCUAACAGAAAGAAGGCUAGAAAGC